CGGAUGAAGAUUCAACCGAAAUAGAAAGAAUCUGAUAUGCUCGGGCAUACAUUCUUCAGUUAAUUGGAGGUUAUCUGAUGCCGGACUCGUCACGGAGCUGUGUACAUCUAAUAUGGCUGCCGAAACUCGUUGAUUUUAGAGCAACUGGUGAAUUGAGUUGGGUGUCUGUCGUCUUGGCAACGUUAUAUCGGGAGAUGUGCGGGACGACGCGACCGAGGAAAGUAAAAAUCGGAGGUUGCCUGUCACUACUGCAGUCAUGGGCACGGUUUCGCUUUCCAUUUCUACGUCCUCGAGUGGACCACCCAUAUACAUUCCCACUCAUAACGAGGUGGAACCAUCCGGCAAGUCAUGCUCGAUUACCUACCUCUCUUGAAGAUAUACGGCUUCUAUUAGACCAAUAGUCAGAAGCACAU